AUGGACCCUGCUGAGCGCAUUGAGGCCGCUUCCAAGUUCCUUCUCCAGUCACCCCCAGGCGAGAUCAACGAUGUGCUCAAUGACGUGCGGAACAUCAUCUCGGAUGACGAUCAGCUGCAGGAGGGCGUGCUUCCGGCUCUACGGGAGUACAAUGUAACACAAUUCACGACCGCUGAGGUACCCGGGCACCAACACCAAUCAAUCAUCAGUGAGGCAGCGAGGAUAGGCAGCUCAGCUGAUGAGGAAGAAGGGCCAGACAGGUAUUGGGAUCCCCGGUCACGAACAAGUUUCCGAUUCGAUCAUCUUAGCCUGGAAACUUCUGACCCCGAGCCGGUGGAGCCGAGCGAGGAAUCAGAACCGUUCCGUGCUGCAUUGGAGAAAGCAUCUUUGGACUAUCUCCACGCACAUUACCACGACGGUGUCGUAUCCGUAUUUGCGACACCAAACUCAGGGGAUCGCUUCACCAUCCAGAUCGUAGCCAACAAGUACAACCCUAACAACUUCUGGUCCGGUCGCUGGCGCUCGGAAUAUGUCAUCGACACCGCCGCUAAGACCGUCCAGGGCAAGAUCCUCGUGAACGUGCACUACUACGAGCAAGGCAACGUCCAACUCUCCACCACGUACACCAUCUCGACCCCUCUCCCGCCCGCGAUCGUCCCCUCGGGCGGCGCGAGUGCCGCAAGCAAGGUCCUCGCACUCGUCGAGGCCGAGGAAAGCCGCUACCAGACCGGGCUCACGGACGCGUACGCGGAGAUGGGCGAGAAGACGUUCAAGGGCCUCCGCCGUGCGCUGCCGAUGACGCGCUCGAAGAUCGACUGGGAUCGCGUAAUGGGGUACAAGCUUGGGGCAGAGUUGACGAACAGCAAGGGCGUGUUUGGGGCGCCGGCGUAG